CCACCAUUCGUUAAUCUUUCUCUCAUUUAUGUAUUCACUUAUCUAUAUCUUUUCUUCUUUAUAAUAUCACCAUUUUGUUGCCAAUGCUAUGCAAUUGUUUCCAUUCAUUGUAAUUGAAUUUGAGCAUCAUUGAUUCUUUGAUGAUUUUUUUACAUAAUAUUGUUCCUUUGACAUCCGGCUGAUUUGGGUCUUGGUCAUUACUAUAUUAGUUUUUGUUAGCAAUGUACAUGAACAAAGAAAUUGAAGAAAAAUGAAGAUUGAUGGAUUAGAGAGAAAUGAAUGGGAUUUUCACACAAUUGUAUUUAUAAUUGGGGGUUUGUUGGAGUUAUGUACUUUAUAUAGAAUGAGAUGCAAUACGGGUUUUCGCAGAAAAGACUUAUAACUAUUGCCGGAUAAUGUGUCGAUUGCUUGAUUGUAAAUGAUCUCUUUCGUUUUUAAUGUUUGUAUGAGGAGUUCUGUGAUUAGUUUUAAGUACAUAUAGUGUUAUAUAUACAUACUUGUACAGUUUACUUGGGAAAGAGGGAGAGGUUGGGAAUGAAGCCGCAGUCAGAAAGAUUCUCGGUUGAUUUUAUGAUGGGAGGGAUGGCAGCUAUUGUAUCAAAGAGCGCAGCUGCCCCCAUCGAGAGAGUAAAACUUUUGUUGCAAAAUCAAGGCGAAUUGUUGAAAAGGGGACAGCUUAAGAGACCCUAUACGGGUAUUGGUGACUGCUUUGGAAGGAUCUUGAGAGAUGAGGGUGUAUUGUCUUUCUGGAGAGGUCACCAGGCAAAUGUCAUACGCUAUUUUCCGACUCAGUCCUUCAACUUCGCUUUCAAAGGCUACUUCAAGGGCUUAUUUGGAUGCUCAAAAGAGAAGGAUGGGUACUUGAAGUGGUUUGCUGGAAAUAUUGCUUCAGGAAGUGCUGCUGGUGCCACCACAUCAUUGUUUCUAUAUCACCUUGAUUAUGCACGCACUCGUUUAGGAACUGAUUCAAAAUGGUGUCCAGUUAACGGGCAGCGUCAAUACAAAGGAUUGACUGAUGUUUAUCGUCAAACAUGGGCAAGUGAUGGCAUCAAGGGCCUAUAUCGAGGAUUCGGAGCAUCAAUUGUAGGAAUCACUCUGUACAGAGGCAUGUACUUUGGGCUAUACGACACCAUGAAACCUGUUGUUUUAGUUGGACAAUUGCAGGAUAAUUUCUUUGCAAGUUUUUUGCUAGGAUGGAGCAUAACAACAGUUUCUGGGGUCUGUGCAUACCCCUUUGACACAGUGCGGCGCAGAAUGAUGCUAACCUCUGGUCAACCAAUAAAGUACCGUAAUCCCUUACAUGCAUUUCGAGAGAUUGUUCGCCUUGAAGGUUUCAGUGCACUAUUUCGUGGAGUGAGUGCAAACAUGCUUCUUGGUGUAGCAGGGGCCGGGGUCCUUGCAGGAUAUGAUCAACUUGCACGAAUAGUUUACAGAAAAGGUGAGCGUACUGAACCACAAAGAGUUUAAAGUAGAAUUCUGGUUCUUGCCAGAUGUGGAAUGCUCAAAGAAAUUCUUCAGCUGUGAUGGAUUCCUAUACCUGACGAAUGCUCAUGAAGACAAAGAGAGAAAUGAUGGACACAAUCUACUUGAGGGUUCCCCUGGACAGGCAGAAAUGUCAUAGAUGCAACUGAUUUUUCGUAGCCACUGUAUGUUUUAGUGAUUAACUUCCACAUUGUCUAUCUCUCCCCUGAUACUAAAGAUAGAAGAAAUAUACAUUUAAUGUUACAGAAGGUAGGAAGAUUUACCUGGAGUUUGUACAGUCAACAGCUACAUACAUGAUUAGUUUGUGGACCAAAUUUUAGCUAAUUUUCUACA